AUGGCAAAGAUUUCAACAGCAAAUGGUAACUUGACGGAUCUGUCCCCGGAGGAAGAAAAACAAGUCAUAUCAGGCUUUGCAAGGAAUGGUGAAGCUGAAGCCAAAGAAGGAGAUACCUUCUUUCUACUUUCUCUGAGAUGGUGGCGACUUUGGUCUGCAUUUGUUAAUCAAAGCCCAACAAUUACUACAAACGAAGGAUCAUCUAUGGAGUAUCAAGGUUCAGGCAGAAGGCCCCCAAGCAUUGACAAUUCUGAUUUGAUCUGUAAAUCAUUUUCUGAGGAUUCAACUCCUGAGAUCUAUGAUACAUUAGUAGAAGGCACUGAUUACAUUUUGGUCCCAGAAGAAAUUUGGAAUCAGUUUUAUGCAUGGUAUGGUGGAGGUCCUGCAUUGGCUCGAAAAGUUAUAACCCGUGGUUCUUCACAAACAGAAUUGACUGUUGAAGUAUAUCCUUUACGCCUUCAACUGCAUUUUCUGCCAAGUGUUGACCAUCAUGCCUUAAAAAUGAGCAGAAAGGAAACAAUUGGAGCACUACACAAGAAGGCUUGUGAAUUUUUUCAUCUUAUUCCAUAUCAAGUACACAUUUGGGAUUUCUAUGGUCGUUGCAAACAUGCUUUGUUGAAUGAUCUAGAUGCAACGCUUGAUGAUGCCAACAUACAAAUGGAUCAGGAUAUUCUGGUGGAAGUCAUUGGUCACAAUGGCAGUUGCAAAAGUGUUGUUCAAAAGAAUGGUUGUGCAUACAUUGACAAUGGUGUGUCUAAAAGUAAAAGCUGCAACUCAAACAUGUCACAAUUCCCAAACUUGUGUUUAACAAACAAGGCAGCCACUAUAAAGACUGGUUCUUGUGUUGGUUUAAUUGGAUUGCUUAAUUUGGGAAACACCUGCUUCAUGAACACUGCUAUACAAUGCCUUGUUCAUACACCACAGUUCGCUCGCUAUUUCCUUGGAGAUUUUCAUCAAGAGAUAAACAGGGAUAAUCCUCUAGGCAUGCAGGGAGAGCUAGCAUUGGCAUUUGGUGAGCUGGUUAGGAAGUUAUGGGCAGCAGGUCGGGCAGCUUUUGCUCCUCGGGCAUUCAAAGCAAAACUUUCCCGUUUCGCACCACAAUUUUGGGGACGAAAUCAGCAUGAUUCCCAGGAACUUCUUGCUUUUUUGCUGGAUGGACUCCAUGAAGAUCUGAACCGGGUCAAACAGAAGCCUUCUAACAAGUCCAAAGACACCGAUGGGCUACCCGAUGAACAAGUUGCUGAUGAAUACUGGGCAAAUCACAUCUCUCACAAUGAUUCAAUAAUUGUUGAUGUUUGCCAAGGGCAAUACAAGUCGACUUUGAUUUGUCCUGCAUGUGAUAAGACGUCUGUUACGUUUGAUCCAUUCAUGUAUCUGUCAUUACCAAUUGAUUCAGAAUCAGCAGUGAGUAUUUAUAGCUGCAUAGAAGGUUUCCUGCGCGAGGAACCAUUGGUACCUGAAGACAUGUGGUUCUGCCCUCGAUGCAAAGAGAGAAGGCAAGCAACUAAAAAACUGGAUCUUUGGAGGCUUCCAGAAGUGCUAGUGAUCCAUUUAAAAAGGUUCUCGUAUAGCACAACCAUAAGAAGUAAACUAGAAACAUUUGUUGACUUCCCUCUUCAUGACUUGGACUUGUCUACAUACGUUGCUAAUAACAAAAACAGUCAUGGUUCUCCUCAAGUAUACCAACUUUAUGCCUUGGCCAAUCACUAUGGCAACAUGGGAGCUGGUCACUAUACUGCACAUGUCAAGCUUAUUAAUCAGAACAGGUGGUACAGGUUUGAUGAUAGCCAUGUUUCAGGCAUCAUUGAAGAUGAUGUCAAGUCGAAUGCUGCAUAUGUGUUAUUCUACAGGAGGAUGAAAACCGAUACCAAUGGGAUUGGGACCCACUCUUUUGAGUUUUGCCUUGCAUAGGUAGGUAGGUCAUCAUUAUGCAUUCAUAUGAGUAGUGUGAUUCACUACAGUUUCUAGUUUAAUUUCGUAUUGGAUUUUGCUGUUCUGAAGAAUAGAAUUUCAGGAACAAACCUAAGUCUAAAAUAAUUAACUUACAUUGAAGUUUCCAUAACGUAUUAAUAUUAUGCUGGGGAAUUUUGGAUUUAA